UGUUUGUUGUUGCAGAAGGUUUGCAGACAGCCCGGCGUAUGAGUGUUUCUCGUGUCGUUCAAAUCCACAGUGGCCGAGGUCGAGGCUGGCUUACGGGGGGACUGCGAUCUUGAGGCACGGUGGUCUGGGCCUGGGGAAGAGAGGCCACUAAAAAGGCCCGGCGCUGCUCCUGGUUGCGGUAUGAGAGCUGUGAGACCACUGGGCCACCGCGGUCGGGUUCAGCAAGUUGUUUGCCGGGAACGGUCAGAGAUGUGGUUCGCAAAAGCGGCGCAUCGUGGAUCUGGAGACACUUCGGACACGAGAUGAGCGGGUGAGCAACGAUUCGCAGACGAAACGCUGGCCUUUCUCCCGUCACUUCCACCGUGGGGACAUUCGGCGACAGUGGACAGGGACAGGCCAAGACGCAGCUCAGCUGGGGCUGUCGGUGCGUGCCUGCAUCACCAGGCCUGGCAUGCUUUGGGCACCAGCCACAUGUGCCAGCACAUGCCAACAUCAGGUGGCAUUGUGGCUUCCAUCCAAGCUGUGGCUUGACUUCCCGGUCCUUUAUCUUAUCAGUCCGAGGUGGGGGAUGCAACGCGUGGCUGGGCUACUCAAGCAGACCCACCAUUGCGAGCUCCUUGACCGGGGGCGGUUGCUUGUCAGCAGCUGUUGGUUCCAAUGACAUCGCAGGAGCCACAGCUGCGCGGCACCGCAACCUCCCAUUGACUUUCUAAUCGGCAAUACCACUGCCUAGAGACAUACAGCUACAUUUUCCUGUGAAGGCUCACAUCAUCAUAAACCUCCCCGCGCAAGCCUAUCGAGAUCAUCUACAACCGCGGCCAGGCCAGAGCAUAUCGCAUCCUCUAAACGACCCCCCUCCCGCUUGUCCUUGCGGAACCUGUAUCACAUAGUUCCCUACGAGUUCCAACUACAGAACCGCCCAUCAUGUCAAGUAUUCACGCCUUGUCCGACGACCAGGUCGGACAAGAACUCCGCAAAAUGACCGCCUUCAUCAAGCAAGAAGCCGAAGAAAAAGCCCGCGAAAUUGAAAUCAAAGCCAACGAAGAAUUCUCCAUGGAAAAGGGCAAGCUCGUCCUCCAGGAGACCGACGCCAUCGACGCCGCCUACGCCAAAAAGUUCAAGCAGGCCACCAUGUCGCAGCAAAUCACCCGCUCCACAGUCGCCAACAAGACCCGUCUCCGCGUCCUGGGUGCCCGUCAGGAGUUGCUCGACGACAUCUUCCAGGCGGCCGAGAAGAGGCUUAGCGAGGGGACCGAGGACAAGGGCAGGUACGAGGGCAUCCUCAAGGAUUUGAUUCUGGAAGGGUUCUAUGCGAUGAACGAGCCGGAGCUGCAGAUUAGGGCGAGGAAGGCGGAUUAUGAGCUGGUCAAGAAUGCGAUUGAGAAGGCGGAGGGGGAGUAUAAGGAGAAGACGGGGAGGGAGGUCAAGGCGACGAUUGAUGAGGAGAAUGAGGUUGCUGAGGGGAGCGCCGGUGGUGUGAUCAUUGUUGGUGGCAACGGCAAGAUCGACAUUGACAACACUUUGGAGGCCAGGCUGGAUCUGCUGAAGGAGAGCGCCCUUCCCGCCAUGCGCAAGGCUCUGUUUGGCGAGAACCCCAACCGCAAGUUCUUUGACUAAGCUUCCUAUUCCUGUUUAUGUUUCUUUGGGGUAGGGUUCAUGACUGAGUAGUAGACAAGGAGGUGGCGGAUAAAGUGUAUUGUUGUUCCUAUGAUUCAACGUGCGUGCUGGUAGUGUUGAGCAAGCCAAAGUAGCAUGGCGUGCGCGGGUAUCAAGAGUUUGUAUGUUUAUAUUACAAGGGGGCGUUCUUUUCCACGAAACCACAAGGAGGAGCAAAGCAAUUCAAAUACCAUGCAUCAACACCUA